AUGAAGCUCGCAACGCUGUUUCUUCUCGCCGCUGCCGCGCAGGCCUCCUAUGUCACCUUUGAGGUUGACGCCAAAGGACAUGGCCGACACGGCCGUUUCGUGUCCAACAAAGCUGAGGCAGACGCCGCAGAGAGUUCCAAGGUGAAGCCACGGCAUGGCCGCUUCGUCAGCCACCUGCACAAGCACAAGCAGAAGCGCAAGGCGAGAUCGCACAAGAAGGGUCGAGGCACGCGCACAGGCCACGCCGGACUUGCAGAGAUGGAGGUCCGUGAGGCGGGUGCAUUCAACGAGUCCCAGGCAGCAGGCAGAGGUGACGAGGAUGGUUCAGACAAGAAGCCAUCGGUGCAGGUAAAGUACCUUCAAGGGUACUGCCCCUCUGCUGGAGCCAAGGUGGUGACGUUCGGAGCGGAUCACACCGAGGAGGACUCCGAAGCCACGACGACACAGCCACCGGACCUGGCUGCAGAAAAC